AUGCGUUACGCCCCCCUGCUCUCCAUUCUUAGCUGCGCCUUCUUGCAUGCCAGCCACGCAUUCGAGUUUACUGGUCCUGACUCUUCGGAAAAACUUGAUCUCACUAAGCCUAUAACAAUCACGUGGGAUGCCAACAACGGACCAUUCGUGGAACCAAAGGCACGCGCACUCGAUCUCUGGUUCUCUGUCCGUACCAGUGAUGAUAGCGGUGGGCUCAGCUGGGAAUUUGCAACCAACCUUUCGCUCUCGUCGGGCUCGUAUAAAUGGAAACCAGAUGGGGUCGUCAAAAGCAUAAACGAUACAGGCGCCUCGAUCUCUCCGGCCGUGGUGCAUAGCUUUGAGGCUAGGUUAAUGAACAAUUCUGGGAGUCAAUUGUCGGCAGUCGAGAGCGAUAAGUACGCCGUUGAAGGCUUUGACUUUAUCCGAAAUAGUGCUAGAAAGGGAGCACAGGCCGGGUUCUAUACAGCUGCUGUAGCUCUUAGUAUCGCAGGAUUGGUGCUUCUGUGA